GGAUGUCCCGGGCUGGCCCUCCACCUCGGAAUGUACCAUGGAGAACAAGACUGGAGCCCCAAUGGAAAUCGAACAGGACCUCAGAGGACCUGCACAUCACCGUGGCAGAGGCCACAGUUCUGGCGCCAGGACCCAAGCCAGAACCACGGAACAAAAAGACAAAGUGGAUAUCACCUGCUGGCCCUCCACCUCAGAAAGUAACAUCGGGAACAAGACUGGAGCCCCAAUGGGAACAGAGCCUGGCCUCAGAGGACCUGCAGAUCACCGUGGCAGAGGCCACAGUUGCGCCAGGACCCAAGCCAGAACCAUGGGACAAAAACAUAAAGCGAGUGUCUCGCCGGGCUGGCCCUCCAACUUGGAAUGUAACGUGGGGAACAAGACUGGAGCCCCACUUGGAGUAGAACCUGGCCUCAGAGGACCCGCAAAACACCGUGGCAGAGGCCACAGUUGUGCCAGGACCCAAGCCAGAACCGUGGAACCAAAAGACAAAGUGGAGGUCCCGGUCUGGCCCUCCACCUCGGAAUGUAACCCAGGGAACCAGCCUGGAGCCCCACUGGAAAUAGAACCUGGCCUCAGAGGACCUGCCAAUCACCGUGGCAGAGGCCACAGCUGUGGCACCGGGACCAAAGCCAGGGAACACAGCGAGGCCCUGCCUGCUCUGGGUUCCGAGAAGAAGGUGCAUGGUGCACUGCUAAAGAGAAGACAGAUUCGACUACCAAGAGCGACUGGGGCUGUCGCCCACAAACCCCUCUGGCAGGGCAGGAAGUCCUCUGCCAAAGCAAGAGGUCACAGUGAGUGCCAUUGGCUGGGGAGGGAGCCAGAGUUUGGUUGGAGGGAAGCACAGCUUGAGUAACUCUGUGUCCAGCCCUGUCUCAGAACUGGGGGGCGGGGGCGGGGGUGUUUGACAAGGUCCAUAGUCGUGAGUUCUCAGAAUGGUGGUGAGUGUCUUCAGAUGAGGCUGAUUGGUGCAAAUUUUCCCACGUGGGGAGUGAAUGAAUGGAGGGCACCAGGAAGACAGCUGUCAGUGUCUGGGCUUUGGUGUGUUCGUCGAGGGAGGCCUUGGGCUCCUUGUGCAUUCCUGGAAAGGGGAUGUGAGGAGUGAGUCUGAGAAGAUUGAUCCUGUAAAGGAGCCAAUGCCAACAAGUU